AUGACGAGCGCGCAAGCGAUGGAAGAGGAGCUCCAGCAGAGCGUUUUGCUCUCCGAGGAAGCAGGAUACGAUACAGCAGACAGUGCGCUGGCCAGCGACAGCAAAGCAGCCAUACAAGAUGCACUGGCUGAUGGCGUCACGGACAUCUCCGGAGGCGGCCGCAGUGGCCUGGACGAAGACCUAAACGACCGCGACGCGUCUGGCGAAGAGCUUGACCAGGAUGCAUCUGGGGAGGAAGACACCGACCCACUCGCUCGCCAAAUCGUUGUCGGCGAUGUUGUCGAUGACGACGAAGAGGGGGAUGACGAUGACGAUGAGAAUGAGGAUCCGGACGCGGAUGCGGAUCCCGACGAGGAUCCCGACGAGGAUGUCGACGAUGACGCGGAAGGCGAAGACGAGGAUCCCGAUGAAGGGGUGGGAGCCGUCAAGAUUCGCCCUGGAGAAUCUGAUGACGAAGAUGUCGAUGGCGACGACGACGAAGACGACAACGAUGCAGAGAGCGACGUUUCAGACCUCCCGAGCGCGGCAGAUGAGGACUCUGAUGAAGAGGCGCCAGCCUGGGAAGACGCAAACGAGGUGGGAGAGGACGAAGAGUCUGACACUGCUCCAUCAAAUACUUGCGUGUUUUGCAAGCAAGACGAAGAAGACGACCCCAGCGAGGACUUCGAGGCAUUUCUUACCUGCGCGAGCUGCGGCGAAAACGCGCACCAACAAUGUGCUCGUGAUGCAGCAGCAAUGAGCGAACAAAACACACCUCAUCGGUGGAAAUGCCCCGAGUGUUUUACCGCUGAGUCCGACUUGAACGACGAAGAUGUUGAUAUGAAAGACGGCAUCAGCGCGGACGGCCUCGAGCUGUCUGCGUCACAGCGUUCAGAAGGCGAAGAGCAGCAAAACGCACCCAGUGCCCCCGUCAAACGAUCCACUUCACCACAAGAAACUAUGAACGACGACUCAACCGACGGCUCCCGAAUGCUGAGGAAGAGAAAGACAUCCUCUUCCGAGCCAGAGGAGGAGGUUGUGGCGUCGAGGAAGCGGCGGAGACAUCCCUCUAUUGAGGCUGCGAUUCAAGAAAGCGGCUCUGUCUACCAAUCCGGCGAAGGAAGUAGGGCCUCGAGGACCUUGCGUCUCAAAGUUCAGCCUCCUCCACCCGUUACCGUCGUGAAGCGGUCUCGCACCUCGUUGGUCGUCAAGAUUGAAGUACGGCCUGGGAAUCUCAAGGAAAUCUUGUCUCGCAAGAAGCGCGAUAGGCGGCGUACUGGCGGGGCAACAGCUACCGCGGGUGCGAAGCCAGCCCCUGUCUCACGAUCAACCCCUGCGCGGCCAGCAGCAGUCCCGACCCCAAUCAGCUCCCUACCCACGCCUUUCACAUCAGACUUAUACUCCCAGCCCUUUUAUUCUUUCUUCGACAAGGAAACGGAUGACGCAAAGGGAAGGCCUUACGGCGGUAUUCUUACGGAAACGGAAGCGGAUACGUCGAAGACACUGCCAACUCCCGAUGAUCGCAAGAGAUUUGACCAAGCAAAGCAGAAAGCCGAGGAUGAGUGGCGGGCUCGCAUCCUCGCAAUGCAGGCAGAGGCUGAACUGCCAGUGCGGAAAUCCAAGAAGUCGAGCGACAACGCAAGCCAAAUCGAAUGUAUCGAGUUUGGCGGGUGGGAAAUCGACACAUGGUAUGCGGCACCGUACCCGGCAGAGUACAGCAGAAAUCGUGUCCUCUACAUCUGCGAGUUCUGCCUGAAGUACAUGAAUUCGGAUUAUGUCGCAUGGCGACACAAGCUCAAAUGCGCCACGAAACACCCGCCUGGGGACGAGAUUUACCGCCACGGUUCAGUAUCAAUCUUCGAAGUGGACGGCCGAAAGCACCCAGUCUACUGUCAGAACCUCUGUCUCCUGGCGAAACUCUUUCUCGGGUCGAAGACAUUAUACUACGAUGUGGAGCCUUUUCUGUUCUACAUCCUCUGUGAAUACGACGACUGCGGCUACCACUUUGUGGGCUAUUUCUCCAAGGAAAAGCGCGCCAGUAGCCAGAACAACGUGUCAUGUAUCCUGACACUACCCAUCCACCAAAGGAAGGGCUACGGCAACUUGCUCAUUGACUUCUCAUACCUUUUGACCAAGGUGGAACAGAAGACUGGUUCUCCGGAAAAGCCCUUGUCGGACAUGGGGCUCGUUUCGUAUCGCAACUACUGGCGCCUCGAGCUCUGUCGAUACUUCUUGAACCUGGUGGAGGCCGGCAAACACCAUUCCGACGGCUUGAGCGUCAAACAAAUAUCUGAUGAUACAGGCAUGACCGCCGACGACGUUGUGUCUGCCCUGGAAGGUCUUCGGGCCCUGGUGAGGGAUCCGCAGACUCAAUUGUACGCCUUUCGCGUCGAUCUCGACUACUGCAGACACUACGUGGCCAAGUGGGCAUCAAAAGGCUACGUGACGUUGAAGCCGGAAGCACUCGCCUGGACUCCAUAUGUCAUGGGCCGAAGCAACGCCGUCAAUUUUGAACUUGGCCCACCCAUCAGUACUAUCGCACCACGCGAGGAGGAUGAGGCCAAGCUCCAAGAGGGACACAAUAUUGCUAGCGCAGAAGGGCGUUCUCUGACAAACGGGCACAGCCAGAGUGCUUCCAAGGAGCCCUCCACCGUUGUCAGUGAGGCAGACAUGGCGCUGGAUGGCUCAGAGCACACUGCGUCUUCUGACAAGCCCACGUCCGAGGACAAGGAGAAUGCGGAGCCGGCUGACAAGGCUGUGGAGGAAGCCGCUGCAGAAUCACAGUCAUGUGGACCUGGUCUCCCUCCCGGAUGGCUGGAGAGGCAGGCCCGUAUGCGCGCCGAGGUUGAGGCUAGGAGACUUGACACUGAUCGAGGCCGCACAGAUAAGCCCGCAAAGGAAGAAGUGCAAGUCGUUGUGGCGAGCAGCAAACCUCCCAUUGGCAGCGGCAACGGGGCUCCCGACCAAGAAGAUGUCGAUGCGGAGGGUGAAGACGAGUAG